UCCAUUUUCCCGCCAGCGCCAAAGCUGAGGCCGGUUGGAGCGGGGACGGGGACAAUGUCCCGGCAGAGCACUCUGUUCAGCUUCUUUCCUAAAUCUCCGCCGCUCAGCGCCUCCUCCUCGGCGGCGGCCAAGGCCAGCCCUGAAGCCUCUUGUCCCUCCGCUAAGGUUAAAGCCCAAACCUCCCCCCGGGAGAAUGGCAGCGGGGCCCGGCCGGCCAAGAGGUGCCGAGCUGCGGCUGCCUCCCCCAAGGCCAGUCCGCUGUUCGCCGGCGGAGAGAGGAAAGCGGGCAAGAAGCAGGCGGCCCCGGGGCCUCCGGCUCUCGGUCAAGCUUGUGAAUUUGCUCCGGGGGAUCUGGUGUGGGCCAAACUGGAAGGGUAUCCGUGGUGGCCAAGCCUGGUCUAUAACCAUCCAACUGCUGAGGAGUAUCUCAGGGGCAAAGGGAAGUCUCUCCGUAUUCAUGUCCAGUUCUUUGAUGAUCCUCCAACAAGAGGCUGGGUUAGUGUGAAGUAUGUCAGGUUGUACACAGGUCCGGGAUGUAAGGAGGCUCAGAGGGGUGGCAUCUAUUUCAGUGGGAAACCUGAAAUCCGCAGGGCAGUGGAGCUCGCAGAUGCUGCUUUUCCGAAAUCGAGAGAGAAACGUUUGGAAUUGGCCGUGUGCACUGAAAAUUCCGAACCAGAGGAAGAAGAGGAGGAGGAGGAGGAGGAAAUGGAGGUGACUGACCAGUCGGCAGCGAGCGAAGAAGAUAAAGAAAAUAACAGCGAGGACGAGAAGGUGAAAGGGCAGAGGUCGAGGACCACACGAUCAGCCAGCACCAAAGCCAAGAGGCGGCGGCUGGUGGUGGAGUCGGACAGUGACGCAGAAAGCUCCGAGGAGGAGUUCAGGCCGGAGCAGCAUGACGGGAGCAGUGAGGAAUGCAGCAGCGGGGUCGACGAGAGGGAGCUCAGUGAGCCGGAUCCUGAGACUGACCCCGACAGUCCAGUCAAGACGCCAUUCAAACGGAAACGCGGAGGCACAGCCAGGAAGAAAAGUGCCUCCAGCUCCCCCUCGGAGCUGCCCAAGAGAGCGGCGACGGGAGCAGUGUCCUCAAGCACCAAGUCCAGACUCUCGGCAUUCUCUGCUCCAGAGACCUUUGAGUGCCAGUCUAACAGCGGGGGAGCAGGCAGUCCCUCGCCAGCCACCACCUGGGACCACGAGAAGCUCGAGUGGUUCAAACCAGGCAAGAGGAAGGACGCUAAGAGACGAAAGGAGGGUGACCCCGAAUACGACCCGUCCACACUGUACGUCCCUGACGACUUCCUGAGCAGGUGCACUCCGGGCAUGCGGCGGUGGUGGGAGCUGAAGUCCCAGAUGUUUGACACCGUGAUUUUCUACAAAGUUGGCAAGUUUUACGAGCUGUACCAUGUGGACGCCGUCACUGGCGUGACCGAGCUGGGCCUGUCAUUCAUGAAAGGCAGCUGGGCGCACUCGGGCUUCCCCGAGAUUGCCUUUGGCCGUUUCUCGGACGCCCUGGUUCAGAAGGGCUACAAGGUGGCGCGGGUGGAGCAGACGGAGACGCCCGAGAUGAUGGAGGCCCGCUGCAAGUCACUGCAUCACCCAACCAAGUUUGACCGGGUGGUCCGGCGCGAGGUCUGCCGGGUCAUCACCAAGGGCACGCAGACGUACAGCGUCCUGGACGGGAGUGCAGCCGAGAGCUGCAGCAAGUACCUGCUGUGCCUUAAGGAGGCAGCGGCGAGCACUGAGCCAGCUGGCCAGGCCUGCUCCUAUGGUGUCUGCUUCGUCGACACAUCCGUCGGCAAGUUCCACGUGGGCCAGUUCGUGGACGACCGGCACUGCUCCCGCCUGCGGACCCUGUUGGCACAUCACCCCCCGGUGCAGGUGCUGUUCGAGAGGGGCAACCCGUCGGCGGAGACCAGGAAGAUCCUGAAAGGCUGCCUGGGCUCGGCCUUGCAGGAAGGCCUGCAGCCUGCUUCCCAGUUCUGGGACGCCUCCAAAACCCUCCGAGUGCUGGCCGAGGAGGGCUAUUUCAGUGAAGUGAGGGAGCAGGGGGUCCCUCUGCCUGAUGCUCUGCGGCUGAUGGUGUCCGAGACUGACUCUCUCGGCCUCACCCCGGGCGAAGGCUAUGACCUGGCCCUCUCAGCUCUCGGCGCCUGUGUCUUCUACCUCAAGCGGUGCCUUAUCGACCAGGAGCUGCUAUCGAUGGCCAACUUCGAGGAGUACACUCCCGUGGAUGUGUCUGCCGAUCGCGCGAAGGGGUCCCCUACCCGCCCUGCUGUGGGGCGACAGCGCCUUGUACUGGAUGGCGUCACCCUGACCAACCUAGAGCUGCUGCAGAAUGCCACCACUGGCACCCGCGAGGGCACCCUGCUGGAGCAGCUGGACCACUGCUGCACUUACUUUGGCAAGCGGUUACUGAAGCAGUGGCUGUGUGCCCCACUGUGCCAGCCUCUCGCCAUCGAGGACCGGCUCAGUGCCAUUGAGGAUCUCAUGGCUGUGCCCAGCACUGUCGCGGAGCUCGUCGAGCUGCUGAAGAAGGUGCCCGACUUGGAGCGACUCCUGAGCCGCAUCCACAGCAUCGGGUCACCGCUGAAAAGCAAGGACCACCCCGACAGCCGCGCCGUGUUCUACGAAGAGACCAGCUACAGCAAGAAGAAAAUCGCCGACUUCCUGUCUUCCCUGGAAGGUUUCAAAGUCUUCCAAGAGAUUCUACAGGUUGUCGAGCCGUCUCUGAAUGCCUUCCGGUCUCGGUUGCUCAGACAGAUUGUCAAUCUGAAAGGCAGCACUGCCGAAGGCCUCUUCCCUGAUCUCUCCGCUGAGCUGAAGAGGUGGGACACAGCUUUUGACCACCAGAAGGCGAGGAACACUGGAGUCAUCACUCCAAAAGCUGGCUUUGACCCUGAUUAUGACCAGGCCCUUGCCGACAUCAAGCAGACGGAGCGCGAGCUGCAGGAAUACCUGGAGGCGCAGCGUGUGAGGCUCUGCUGCCGCAGUAUGGUUUACUGGGGCUCGGGCCGCAAUCGCUAUCAGCUGGAGGUUCCCGAACACAUCGCUGACCGCCGCGUGCCGGAGGAUUAUGAGCUGAAGUCGACCAAAAAGGGCUACAAACGUUACUGGACUAAAUCGAUCGAGAAGCUGCUGGAAACGAUGAACAAUGCUGAGGAGAGGCGGGACAGUGCUCUUCAGGACUGCAUGAGGAGGCUUUUCUACAACUUUGACAAGAAUUACAAAAGCUGGCAGGCAGCAGUUGACUGUAUGGCUGUCCUUGAUGUUUUGUUGAGCCUAACACACUACAGUCAGAGUGGAGAUGGGCCGAUGUGCAGACCUGUCGUAAUGCUUGCUGAAGAUGACACGCGACCGUUCCUAGAGCUUCGAGCUUCACGCCACCCAUGUGUCUUAAAAACCUUUUUUGGGGAUUUCAUCCCGAAUGACGUGUUUAUUGGCUGCACGGACGUUGAAGAUUUGGACGGCGGUCCCAGUAACAACCAGGCUUCCUGCCUGCUUGUAACAGGCCCUAAUAUGGGAGGCAAAUCUACACUCAUGAGACAGGUUGGCCUCCUGGUCAUCCUGGCACAACUGGGGUGCUAUGUGCCUGCAGAGAGCUGCAAAUUUAACCCUGUAGACAGAGUUUUCACACGUCUGGGAGCAUCUGAUAGAAUCAUGUCAGGUGAAAGCACCUUCUUUGUGGAACUCAGCGAGACCUCCAGUAUCUUGCAACAUGCAACUUCACAUUCCCUUGUGCUUCUGGAUGAAUUGGGCCGUGGUACAGCAACAUAUGACGGCACAGCAAUUGCUAGUGCAGUAGUGAAGGAGCUUGCUGAAAAUAUCAAGUGCCGCACUUUGUUUUCUACACACUACCAUUCCCUUGUGGAAGAUUUCUCUCGCUCCACAGCAAUCAGUUUAGGACAUAUGGCCUGCAUGGUUGAGAAUGAGUGCGAAGAUCCAAGUCAAGAAACGAUCACGUUUCUAUAUAAAUUUAUCAAAGGAGCUUGUCCGAAGAGUUAUGGAUUUAAUGCAGCAAGACUUGCAAACAUUCCUGAGGAAAUUAUCCAGAAAGGUCACAAGAAAGCUAAAGAAUUUGAGAAGACUACAGUUUCCUUCCGACUUUUCAAAGAGAUGUGUUUUUUGGUUGAAGACCAAAAUAUGACCUUCCUUACCCUAAAGCCAAUACUGCAGAAGAUUGCUGAAAUCUGAAAACAGUAUCAAGUGUAUGGUUUAAUUCAAAGACAUGAUUUUUGAAAUUAUGUUCUAAUAAAGUUUAUUUUAAAA